GUGGGCUGGACAGCGUGGGGGGAGGGGCCCCGGCUCUGCUGUGGUAGUCCCUCUCAGCAACUGGGAACAGAGCAUGCCGAGACACAGACAGUAGCCUAGCCUGGGAGCAGGAGAGAGGCACAGAGAGAGAGAGAGAGAAAGAGAGAGUGAGAGAGAGAGUGUGAGAGAGAGGUAAACAGUCACAGCAGGACUGCACUGGAAAGCAUAAACAAGGACUGUUCUCCCUUUUCUCUCUCUCUUUUGAGUUCUGCCUGUGCGUACCUCUGUGUGUGUGUGUGUGUGUGCGUGUGAGUGUGUGUGUGCGCACACCACACUCGUAACGGUGGAGAGUUGCUGUGCAGGGUGUGUGGGAGUGCACACUCCUGACAGUAGUUGUGGGGGAAACCCGCCUACAGCGCUCGAGGUUUAGGAUCGGAGAUCUGGGUGCUCUGUGAGCCCUUCUUUCAGCUUGCUACUGAGUGUGUGAAUGUGUGCGCGUGUGCUUUUCUGCUCGCGCUUGUUCCCGGUGUUUGACAAUGAGAUUAGACCUGCGCAGUGAUUUUUCAGGAGGAGUUCUCUCGUCGCUCUCGCGCCAGAGCCGAUCUCCUGCGUGCUGUUGAGCUGCACCUGGAGCGCGCACCUGGCUGUGAGCCUUCCAUGCCAACAAGCGAAGUGGAUGAAAACAACACCAAACCAAAACACAAACAUUUUUGACUCCUUUACCUCACGGAUAUUUUUGCUUUUUUUUCUCUCCUGCCAAAACGAAAAUUGAUUUUGUCCCUGGACUUCACUGGAGUGAAGACUACAUUGCAACUGGAGAAGAAACACCAACUGACCACAUGAGAGGCUUAGAGGGCAGAGGGGCUUAUCACUGACCUUCCACCUUCUACCGAGAUCCGAACAAAUUACUUUUCCCCUGCCUUCCCUUCUUUCAUCUGCUGACUUUCAGGAGGCGUCCUGAUGAGAGGAUGCUGCAGAGAGCCAGCGUGAGACCAAACCCGACGUGAACGCUGACCCCCCUCCCCUCAUCCUCCCCUUCCUCCACCUUCCACCCGUCCGCCUCACGUACUCCCCCCUCCCCACCACCGUCCCAGCAUGCACUGCCCGUGCCGAGGGAAGCUGAAGCUCCUGGUGUUGUCUCUGAGCUCUGUGAUUCUGCUGACAUGGCUGUACCUGCUGGUGGGCAACCUGGAGAACGGGCGUUCCCUUCUCCUCUCCCCCUGCCUGGUGGAGUCUACGGAGGCCCGGCUGCUGGAGCGGGAGGAUCUGGAGUCACGCGUCCGAGAAGUGGAGGAGGAGAACCGGAAGAUCCGUCUCCAGCUCAGCCAAUCGCAAGGCCUGGCCGCGCAGCCUCCCGAGGGUAACUAUGGGAACCAGCAGUGGGUGGCGUCAGCCGACACGGGUCCGGAGGACGUGGAGAACACGGCCGAGGAGAGAGCUAAUCAUAGCGACUGCUCCCGAUCACCCACGGUGGAGAAGUGUGAGCUGAUCCAUGUGGCGUGUGUGUGUGCAGGACACAAUGCUAGCCGGGAUGUCGUCACCCUUGUCAAAUCUAUCCUGUUCCAUAGGAGGAACCCUCUGCACUUUCACUUUAUCACAGAUACAGUGGCCCAUCAGAUCCUGAGCGCCUUGUUCCAGUCCUGGAUGGUUCCGUCCGUGCAAGUUAGCUUCUAUGAUGCAGAUGAACUCAAGUCUGAGGUAUCCUGGAUACCAAACAAACACUAUUCAGGAAUUUAUGGCCUGAUGAAGCUGACCCUUACCAAAGCCCUGCCCUCCGACCUCUCCAAGGUCAUUGUCUUGGAUACGGACAUCACCUUUGCCACUGAUAUAGCAGAACUGUGGUCCAUCUUUAGGAGGUUCACAGAGAAGCAGGUGAUUGGACUAGUGGAGAACCAGAGUGAUUGGUACCUGGGCAACCUGUGGAAAAAUCACAAGCCAUGGCCUGCGCUAGGGAGAGGCUUCAACACAGGAGUAAUUCUGCUGUAUUUGGAAAAGCUCCGUCGGAUGGGCUGGGAGCAGAUGUGGCGUCUGACAGCCGAGCGUGAGCUAAUGAACAUGCUCUCCACCUCGCUGGCCGACCAGGACAUCUUUAAUGCCUUCAUAAAGCAGAACCCCGUCCUGGUGCACCAGCUGCCUUGCUUCUGGAACGUGCAGCUGUCGGACCACACGCGGUCUGAGCAGUGCUACACCGAGGUGUCUGAUCUGAAGGUGAUCCACUGGAACUCCCCCAAGAAGCUGCGAGUGAAGAACAAACAUGUGGAAUUUUUCCGCAACCUUUACCUGACGUUCCUGGAGUACGAUGGGAAUCUUCUUCGACGGGAGCUCUUUGGUUGCCCCAGCCAGGCCACCUCUGAGAUCACACAGCUUCAAGGAGCUUUGGAGGAGCUUGAUGAGGAUGACCAGUGCUAUGAGUUCCGACGAGAGCGAAUCACAUUGCACCGAGUUCACCUCUACUUCCUGCAGUAUGAAUACACACCAACCAAUGAUAACACUGAUGUGACUCUGGUUGCCCAGCUUUCCAUGGACAGACUUCAAAUGCUUGAGGCGAUUUGUAAGCACUGGGAGGGCCCCAUUAGUUUGGCUCUCUACAUGUCUGAUGCCGAGGCGCAGCAGUUCUUACGCUACGCCCAGGCCUCCGAGGUGCUCAAGAACCGCAAGAACGUUGGCUACCACAUCGUCUACAAAGAGGGCCAGUUCUACCCGGUUAACCUGGUCCGCAAUGUGGCCCUGCGCAAUGCCAACACACCGUAUGUGUUUCUGACUGAUGUGGACUUCCUACCCAUGUAUGGCCUCUAUGAAUACCUCAGAAAAUCUAUUGUUCAGUUGGACAUGGCCAACACUAAGAAGGCUCUGGUGGUGCCGGCCUUUGAGACUCUGCGGUAUCGCCUCUCCUUUCCCAAAUCCAAAGCUGAGCUUCUCUCCAUGCUGGACAUGGGGACCCUUUACACCUUCAGGUACCACGUUUGGACCAAAGGCCAUGCUCCAACUAACUAUGCCAAAUGGCGGACCGCCACCACACCUUACAAGGUAGACUGGGAACCAGAUUUUGAGCCCUAUGUGGUCGUCCGAAGAGACUGUCCAGAGUAUGAUCAGAGAUUCGUGGGCUUUGGCUGGAACAAAGUGUCACACAUUAUGGAACUUGAUGCCCAGGAAUAUGACUUGGUCGUAUUACCAAAUGCCUACAUGAUCCACAUGCCCCACGCUCCAAGUUUUGACAUUUCAAAGUUCCGAUCCAGUCCAAGUUACCGGUACUGUCUGACCACGCUCAAGGACGAGUUCCACCAAGACCUUUCAAGAAAGUAUGGCUCUGCUGCGCUUAAGUACCUCACAGCCCAGAGAAACAUCUGAAAUCAGCCCCUUAUGUACCUCACCACGUAAAGGGACACAAGCCAGUCCCAGAAGGCCCCUUGGUUCAAAUGCUGCUCCGAGACAGAUUGGUGUCCAGACAUGGGACAUUGCUGACUGGAAUCACCCCAUCGACUGAGUGAUCAAGUGAAUGACGGUGCAGGUUGUAGGUGUUAUUUAUGUUGAGUUUUGAAAGAGUUUAAAGAUAUCACGCAACCUUAACAUGCCCUAAAAUCACAUUUAUGGAUUGAACUCAUAAAAGGACAAUUAUAUGCUUUUAUUUUUAAAGCAGUGGUCAAAGAGUUAUAUAAACAAGAGAAGAUUAACACUAUGUGUGGCCAACCACAUUCUAUUAAAGAAGGAGACAAUGAAUUCAAUCAAGACAAGACAUCGCUGACAAUCAAUCAGGGCUUUUUCCAUUGAAAUGCGGCUCCAACCCAGCUAGAUCCGAUGGUGAAGACCGGGCUGGAUCUGAUGGAGAAGACCCAGCUAGAUCCGAUGGUGAAGACCCAGCUAGAUCUGAUGGUGAAGACCGGGCUGGAUCUGAUGGAGAAGACCCAGCUAGAUCUGAUGGUGAAGACCGGGCUGGAUCUGUUGGUGAAGACCCAGUAUCAGGCAAUAUAUUGGUUCUUAGGUAUGAAGCUGUGGACAAAUGAACUAAAGUUUCCUCGGAUUCUACUGAUUGACUUCUCAGUGAAAGAGGCCAGUAGGACAGAAGAAAUGUUUAAGCCUUACUUUCUCAAUAUUUAAAAUAUUUAAAGCAGCUUUUGUUUUUGUUUUGGGUGUACAUGAUCAAUGAAAAAAAAAAGAAAUAUAUGUUUUGAUUAAGGUGUUUGAAAAUCACAGUUUUCUUUUAAUUUCAACAUUUUAAGCCCGUUGCAGGAAAGAAUAUGUUUUUCUCCUGAAGAGAAUCAAUGCUUGUUGAGGUUCCCUGAUAGACUCUAAAGACUGCUGCUGGUACACUCUUCUAUUAAGUAAAACUGGCAUGUCUAAUCAUCUGGGAACAUUUAAUAUUAUUGUCAUUUACUUACCGCUGCUGGCACUGCUGCGUUGCAUAUCAAGGCAUGCUUACCACCCUACCCAAUAUCAUAGUGCUUCUGACAAGGCUUAUGUCUCUCAUAGUUGCUUUCGUCCUCUUGUCCCUCCUCUCUGUGGAGGUCAAUGUCUGGCACACUUCUG